UUAUGUUUUAUUCUUGUUCAGUAUGAGUAUUGGAUGACGCUUAUGUACAUAAAUUUUAUAUUUUUCAUUUAAUAUAUGUUUGAGAUAUGUGGCUGCUAGGAACACUGCAGCUAAGCUGCGUGGUAGGGAUUACGCUAGCCCAAGUAGAGCCUUACAAUGUGAAUAACUUCAACACCAAUAAUAAUCCGAACUACAAUGUUAAUAAUCAACUGUACAACUAUAAUCAGAAUCAGUAUCAGGGAUACCAAGGAGGCCUAAAUGUAGAAGAACUGAAGUGUCCCGAACAUUGGUUACAAUUUCAAUACUCUUGUUACCGAUUUAUAAAGUCGCCCUUAAAAGAUUACAAUGGUGCUAGAAAAAUAUGUCAGACAUACUCUCCAGACCAAGAUGGUUCAGAUUUAGUGUCCAUCACCACUCCUGAAGAACAUGGGUUCUUAAUUCACCAGCUAAACCAGUUUGACCGCCAACACUACAGAUUUUACAUCGGUACUCACCAACAGUCGGCCAAUUACUACACAAAUCUAGAUGGCUCGCAGCUGAACGCUGAAAACGCAAUUUUAGAGGUAGAUUCGCUUUACGGAAAAGAUUACCUAGCUUACAAUUUUUCCAAAUCUCUAAUGCAUUGGAGUUUUGAACCGGUCAGAGGUGAUGAACUCCUUCUGUUUAUAUGCGAAGCUAAAAUAAUGGCCGUACAGAGAUUAGUGACUGAAAAUCGAACAAACACAUAUGGAAUUGACGUUAACGAUCCUGAGAGAAUACCCAAAGGACCUUAUUUUAUCAAACAACCCACCGAUGCCACUUUCGACACUUCCAAAAGGAAGUUGUACAACGAUAUCAGUCUUAGUUGUUUAGCUGGUGGAUACCCCACACCGACCUACAAGUGGUUCAGAGAAGAUUACGAAAAUGACAGAUUGGUCGCAAGGGAAAUCGACCCGUUACUAGACGGUCGAUAUACAGUCAGUGGAGGGAUGUUAAUAAUCCACAACCCACAACAAAAACUUGACUACGCCACGUACCACUGCAAGGCCACGAAUAAAUUUGGGACAAUAAUAUCCGAAACUGUGCAGUUGAACUUUGGAUUUAUCUUAGAAUUCGUAUUGAAACGUUCGCCUGAAAACGGCGACCAGAACUGGGGGAAAUCAAUCUUCUGUGAUCCCCCACAUCAUUUCCCUUCAGUGAAAUAUUCUUGGUCUCGCGACUAUUUCCCCAACUUCGUAGAAGAGGAUAAGCGUGUUUUUGUCUCAAACGACGGUGCCCUCUACUUCUCUGCGUUGGAGAGGAUCGAUAGAGCCAACUACAGUUGUAGUGUCAGUUCAGAGUUUUCCGACUCUGGAAGAAAUGGACCGUUUUUCCCGCUACGAGUUAACCCUCACUCUAACUAUCAACAGUUAAAGUUCCCAAAUAAUUUCCCUAAAGCUUUCCCGGAAGCGCCCAUAGCUGGGAAAGACGUCAGAUUAGAAUGUGUUGCAUUUGGAUACCCCGUUCCCAGCUACAAUUGGACGAGAAGAGGCGGUAACCUACCAAGAAGUCACUAUCUUACUAGUAACAAUAGAGUUUUAAACAUUCCAAGGGUCCAAGUAGAAGAUGAAGGAGAGUACGUCUGUCGAGCUUACAACGACAGAGCGAGCAUCGAAAAUAGUGUCAUUUUAAAUAUACAAGCCGAACCCAAUUUCACGAUACCACUGACAGAUAAACAUCUCGACAGUAAAGGAGAACUGGUCUGGACCUGCGAAGCUUUUGGUAUACCCGAUGUUAAUUAUACUUGGUGGAAGAACGGCAGACAGCUAGUUAUGGGGUAUAUGGAGCCAGAAGAUCAAGGACGAAUCAAGAUACAGGACAACGUUCUCACAAUCAGUCGUUUGAACGACGAACGAGAUCAAGGGAUGUACCAAUGCCGUGCCGAGAACAGUUUGAAAAUACGAUACUCCUCGGCGCAAUUAAGAGUUCUCGCUUUCAAACCGUCUUUUAAGAAACACCCGUUAGAGUCGGAAACGUACGCAGCUGAGGGCGGUAACGUGACAAUAAAAUGUAACCCCGAGGCAGCCCCGAGGCCUAAAUUCGUUUGGAAAAAGGAUGGGAAUGUAAUCGGAGCCGGCGGACAUCGGAGGAUUUAUGACAACGGAAAUCUUUUCAUCAGUCCCGUGUCUAGAGACGAUGAGGGAAUAUACACGUGCACGGCAACUAACGAGUUGGGCUUGGACGAAUCUAAAGGACGUCUUUUAGUAUUAAGGGGACCCCGACUAGUAGAACCAUUACGACAGAAUAUCUUUACGACAGUUGGUACAGACAUAAACAUGCAUUGUCACGCCGAAGCAGACGAAAUGCUGGAUAUAGCGUACAUCUGGAAGCAUAACGGACUGAUGAUAAGAGAUAUCGAUGUCAAAAAUUCAAACAAUCGCUUGAAAACUGACGGCGGUUACUUGAAAAUAAUAAACUCCACUUUCUACGACUCAGGGGAAUAUGCCUGUGUCGUAAAGUCGGCAGUAGGUAGGAUAGUAUCAACGUCGAGCGUUGUUAUUCAAGGACCCCCAGGCCCUCCGGGCGGUCUCCAGGUAGUUACCAUCCAUAGGAAAGCUGUUACACUGCAAUGGACCGACGGAGCCCAUCACGGUUCUCCCAUACACAGUUACAUAGUUAGCGGGCGGACCAAUUGGAACAACACUUGGGUUAACAUCAGCGGUAACUUCCGAGUAACCGAAAUCGAUCGCUACACGGGAAGGAAAGAAGCCGUCAUCGAAAAUACACUUAUACCGUGGUCCAUAUACGAAUUCAGAGUAGCGGCUUGGAACGAUUUGGGAAUGGGACCGCCUUCGGCGCCAAGUCCUAGACAAGCAACUCCACCGGACAGACCUUUUACCCCACCGCGGAAUAUCGGAGGUGGCGGAGGAAAAAUUGGGGACCUUACUAUAACGUGGAAACCCCUGAGGCCGGAAGAACAACACGCCCCUGGUAUUCACUACAAAAUCUUCUGGAAAAGGAAGGAAGGUGAAACGGAAUUCCAAAGCCAAGAUUUGAAGGAUUUCGGAAAUACUGGAAUGGCAGUCGUGCAUAUACCGUUGGAAUUUUACUACAGGGAAUACGUUGUGAAGGUGCAGGCUAUCAACGACGCAGGACCGGGCCCCAUCAGCCACGAAGUGGUUAUAUUUUCGGCCGAAGACAAACCGCGAGUCGCGCCGCAGUUGGUCGUCGCGAAGUCCUACAAUUCCACUUCCUUGAACGUCAGCUGGACUCCAGUCGAAGAAACGAGAGAAAUAAUCAGAGGCAAACUUAUAGGACACAGAAUCAAAUACUGGAAGAAAGAUGCGGACGAACAGGACGCGGUUUACUACCUGUCGAGGAGCACCAAACCAUGGGCCCUCAUCGUGGGUCUUCAGCCGGACACUUACUAUGUCGUCAAGGCUUUGGUCUAUAACGGAGCAGGAGAGGGGCCUGAAAGCCAGUUCUUCAUUGAGCGUACUUACAAAAAGGCGCCUCAAAAACCGCCUUCGUCUGUGAAACUGUACGGCAUCGACCCGUCGACCGUCAAAGUUACUUGGCGUUACGUACAACCGUCGCAGGAGGAAGAACCUCUGCAAGGUUUCAAGAUUCGCGUCUGGGAAAUUGACCAAGACAUGAGCACAGCUAACGACACCAUUAUACCCUAUGGGGAUAAGCUAGAAACUUACAUAUCAAAUCUCUCGCCGGGAAUGACGUACAAUAUGCGAGUUCUGGCCUACUCGAAGGGGGGAGACGGGCGUAUGAGCUCGCCAACGAAGAUGUUCAGAAUGGGUGACCCCGAAUAUUACCGAAGUGCAUCUAAAAACGUACAAACCAGCAUCGCUGUGAUUGGUGCAGCCUUAGCUAUUAAUUUAUUUUUGAGGAAUUUUUCAUAGAUCUACGUUUUUAUUAAAUGAAGUCACUAGAUUUUAUAUUAUUUUUUUAUAUAUUUUUUUUUAUUAACUACGUACCCAGGGGAGGGUAUUAUUUUCACGAAAUGAAAAUUUCGUGACUGUGUUUCCGUUCUAGAGGUAUAACGACUCCGUCCAUAUUUAGAUAUUUAAUUGUUUUUUAUUUUCCAAAGCACUCUGAAGCAAAAUUAACUCUAACUAUGUACCUGGGAUGAUAUUCUAAUCGCGGAUAGCCUUACGAACACUACUUGUUACAGUUUAUUAAAAUUCUCAUUUUCUUUAAAUUUUGCUUCAUUGUUUAAAUGUUAUAAUAUAUUUUUACAUUUACAAUAAAGGUUUACAAUAUU